AUGGCAGCUACAUUAGCAAAUAGCUAUGUUUUCUUAUCAACUGCGGUAAUUCUAGUCACAGACAAUAAUGGCAGGGCUCAUAAAUGUCGUGCAGUGUUAGACAGUGGCUCUCAAUUAAACUUCAUUUCCAAGGGUCUCCAAAAUAAAUUGAAAUUGCCCAGUGAAAGGAUUUUAUUACUAGUAUGUGGAAUUGGAACAAGCCGGCUGCAAACUACUUCGAGAGUCAAUAUUCAAAUACUGGCAUGUAUCUCAUCAUUCAAUCUCAAUAUAGCAUGUCAUGUUUUACCUACUGUAGUAAGUGAUCUUUCAGCUUGCAAAAAGCCCAUAGAUGGCUGGAAAAUAAGUAACAAAUUGGCAACACAAUUAGCUGACCCAAAAUUCGACCUGGCAGGUCCAGUGGAUUUAUUAAUAGGUGCUGGUAUAUUUUUUGAUAUUCUGACCCCUGAAAGAAUUCCAUUAAACGUUGGAAACAUAUCAUUACAAGGAACUAGACUUGGGUAUGUCGUAACUAGAGAAAUCGGUAUGACUUGUCUUUUAGGAAUUGGCAGGUCUCUGGAGGAAAAUUGGGAGGCGAUUCAACCCAAGGAGGAACAGCUAUUUGGCCGCUAUUCAAAAUUAAACCUUCGAUGUGCAGAGGAGCAAGAAGUUGUUGAUCAUUUUAUGAAAACAUUUACCCGAAAUUCUGAUGGUCGAUUUGUAUUACGAUUGCCCACAAAUUCAAAGGUUGAUGAGUUAGGAGAUAACCUGAAUAUGGCAACUUGUCGUUUCAUGAACGUCGAGAGAAUGCUUCAACGCGACAAUCAACUACGUGUGGAGUAA